CCGGUGGGCGGGUCCGAGCGGCUGGCAGCCUCGUGGAGGCAGAGGCCAACUAAACAUACGCCACCAAAUGAUCCUCUCAGGAGCUGGGCAGUGGCACUGAGCUGCAGCCCCCAUCAGCCACCUGAUCACAGAGCUGCCUCACCUGUGGUUCCAGACCUUCUAACAUGGGGCUCACCAAACAGUACCUACGCUAUGUUGCCAGUGCAGUCUUUGGCCUUAUUGGCAGCCAAAAAGGCAAUAUUGUCUUUGUGACACUUCGUGGUGAGAAAGGACGCUAUGUGGCAGUGCCAGCCUGUGAACAUGUUUUCAUCUGGGACCUAAGAAAAGGAGAGAAGAUCCUCAUCCUUCAGGGGCUGAAACAGGAAGUCACAUGCUUGUGCCCCUCUCCAGAUGGGCUGCACUUGGCUGUGGGUUAUGAGGAUGGGUCUAUUCGAAUCUUCAGUCUCCUGAGCGGGGAAGGAAACGUGACCUUCAACGGACACAAAGCAGCCAUCACUUCCGUGAAGUAUGAUCAACUAGGAGGCAGGCUGGCGUCUGGGUCCAAGGACACAGAUAUUAUUGUGUGGGACGUGAUCAAUGAAAGUGGCCUCUACCGUCUAAAGGGGCACAAGGACGCCGUCACACAAGCAUUGUUUCUACGAGAAAAGAAUCUGCUAGUUAGUAGUGGGAAAGAUACCGUGGUGAAAUGGUGGGACCUUGAUACCCAGCACUGCUUCAAAACAAUGGUGGGCCACCGAACUGAGGUGUGGGGGUUGGUUCUGGUGUCAGAAGAAAAGCGACUCAUCACAGGGGCUUCCGACAGCGAGCUGAGGACUUGGGACAUAGCCUACCUGCCGGAGAUUCAAGAUCCAGAAGAACCAGAGCCCAAGAAAAUCAAGGGGCCUUCCUCUGGAAUACAGGACCUGCAAGAAGCAGAGGAUGGCGCCCCCGAGACCGAUGAAGCUCCUGAAGAUCGUAUCCUUGCAUGCAGAAAAGUUGGUUCCAUAAUGCGGGAAGGAAGGGACCGAGUCGUGAACCUCGCAACCGACAGGACAGGCAGGAUUCUCGCUUGCCAUGGAACCGACUCUGUGCUGGAAGUGUUCUACAUCCUUUCCAAAGAGGAGAUUCAGAAGAAAAUGGAUAAGAAGAUGAAGAAAGCUAGAAAGAAAGCCAAACUAAAUUCUUGCAAAGGGGAGGAGCAGGACCUUGAAGUGAGUGUUGAAAUGACGCUGCAAGAUGAAGUCCAACGGGUGACAAAUAUCAAAGCUUCCGCCAAAAUCAAAUCCUUCGACCUGAUUCAUUCACCCCAAGGGGAGUUAAAGGCCGUCUUCCUGCUGCAAAACAACUUGGUGGAAUUAUACUCACUGAAUCUGUCAGCGCCUACCCCGCAGCCUGUGAGGACAAGCAGGAUAACCCUCGGCGGUCAUCGCAGCGAUGUGAGGACUUUGUCCUUCAGCUCGGACAACAUCGCUGUCCUUUCCGCCGCAGCGGACUCCGUUAAGAUUUGGAACAGGUCCACACUGCAGUGCAUCCGCACGAUGGCCUGUGAAUAUGCGCUUUGCUCAUUCUUUGUGCCUGGUGAUAGGCAGGUGGUCAUAGGAACAAAGACGGGAAGGCUGCAGCUGUACGACUUGGCCUCCGGGGCUCUGACGGAGACAGUAGAUGCGCAUGAUGGGGCUCUGUGGUCCAUGGCUCUCUCCCCAGACCAGCGUGGCUUUGUGACAGGUGGUGCAGACAAGUGUGUCAAGUUCUGGGAUUUCGAGUUGGUGAAAGAUGAAAACAGUGCCCAGAAGAGACUUUCCGUGAAGCAAACCCGAACCUUGCAGCUGGAUGAAGAUGUUCUGUGUGUCAGGUUUGCCCCCAGCCAGAAGCUGUUGGCCGUGUCUUUGCUAGACUGCACCGUGAAAAUUUUCUAUGUUGACACCUUGAAGUUUUUCCUCUCACUGUACGGACACAAACUGCCUGUCAUAUGCAUGGACAUCUCUUACGACGGAGCACUAAUAGCAACGGGCUCCGCCGACAGGAAUGUGAAAAUCUGGGGGAUGGACUUCGGGGACUGCCACAAGUCUCUCUUUGCACACGAUGACAGCGUGAUGCACCUCCAGUUUGUACCCAAGUCUCACCUCUUCUUCACUGCCGGGAAGGACCGGAAGAUUAAGCAGUGGGAUGCGGACAAAUUUGAGCACAUUCAGACCCUGGAGGGGCACCACCAGGAAAUAUGGUGCUUGGCCGUGAGCCCCAGCGGAGACCAUGUCGUGUCAUCGUCCCACGACAAAUCCCUGAGACUUUGGGAGAGGACGAGGGAACCUCUCAUUAUUGAGGAGGAGAGGGAGAUGCAAAGGGAAGCAGAAUAUGAGGAGAGUGUGGCCAAAGAAGACCAACCAGCAGUUCCGGGGGAGACUCAAGGAGAAAAUUACUUUACUGGAAAGAAAACUAUUGAAACAGUCAAAGCAGCCGAGAGGGUCAUGGAGGCUAUUGAGCUCUACCGAGAAGAAACUGCAAAGAUGCAGGAACACAAAGCCAUUUGUAAAGCUGCGGGAAAAGAGGUUCCCCUUCCUACCAACCCCAUCCUGAUGGCUUAUGGCAAUAUCUCUCCUUCCACUUACGUGCUGGAGAUUUUUAAAGGAAUCAAGUCCAGUGAGCUGGAAGAAUCUCUGCUUGUGCUGCCUUUCUCUUACGUCCCAGACAUCCUUAAACUCUUCAAUGAAUUCCUCCAGCUGGGCUCCGAUGUGGAACUUCUGUGUAGGUGCCUCUUCUUUCUUCUCAGGAUUCACUUUGGGCAGAUCACUAGCAACCAGAUGCUUGUGCCAGUGAUUGAAAAAUUAAAGGAAACAACUAUUUCAAAAGUCAGCCAAGUCCGGGAUGUUAUCGGCUUCAACAUGGCAGGUCUUGAGUAUCUCAAGAGAGAAUGUGAGGCAAAAAGUGAAGUUAUGUUUUUUGCUGAUGCUACCAGCCACUUGGAAGAGAAGAAAAGGAAGAGGAAGAAGAGGGAGAAGCUAAUUUUAACACUGACAUAGAACUGAAAUGUGGUGCCUUUUUCUACUUUUUCUUUAAAAGGACUUCCAAACUAAGUAGCAAUAGAGUCAGUGUCAACUUAAAAGUGACCAAGUAACAGCGUGUUGAGCUGCUGAAGAUCUAGGAUGUGAGCCAAGCUUUCCCUAAGGAAAUUCGGAAUUCCCUUAUUGGCCUGUGGGCUCCGUUUCUUGGACAUGACCCACAAUUAGUCUAAAAUGUCAUCUGUGCCCUCGAAGGUUGAGCUUUUCAGUUGUUAUUCCCGCUAUAUUCUAGCAGGGAGCAAAGCAUUUUUUUUUUAAACUAGGGAUGUUUAAAAAACUAGGCAUGUUUUAGUAAGGUUGAAGUGAACAUUUCAAAAGUUUAUCUAAUUUAUGAUAGAAGAAUUGUUGGUUGAUUUGUUACUCUGUGUUCUACUGAGACAGGAGCACAGUUGAGUGUCCUCUGCCCUUAAAUGCAGCCAUGGACUUGGAGAGCUGAAAAGGACCAUAAAAAUUAUCUAGAG